AUUAAAAUUAGAAGAGGAAAAUGUAUGACAGACUGUAUGUCUAUGCACAUGGGCCCAACCCUUUGCAUGUGAGGUCAGUGUCUGUGUAGAAGUUUGACUGCCAUAUGUGGAAUUUUUCCGAACAUUUUGUCUGGUCUCUGGGCAUGAAGAUGAUAGGAAUCUAGUUCGGAAACUUGCCCAGAUUUGACAUGUUUCUUAUCCAAGAGAGCAAACACCUUGAGGCCAUUGUGGGUGGUAAGCAGGUAAACAACUGACUGUGAAAAGGGGUGUGGCCAGCACCUAUAAAUGAAAAAGCAUGUGUGGAAUUUCAUUUAUACUUCCAGCCACACAUAUAGAGAGCCACACGCCGACUACCCUGCCAUGCUCUGCUCAGUCACCCAGUGGAUUCUGUUAUCCCUUGGAACCUUUGCCCUCUGUCCCUGCCUUAUUAGGUGCAGUGCUCACAGGCAGCAUGGAGAGGCACACAUGACCCUCCAGCUAGACGCCCUGAAGGCCAGCAUCCUGGGCUACCUGGGAAUGGACCGGCCCCCGGAGCUCAGAGCCAGAGAGUCAAGGCAGGAGCUGGACAGGAUGCUUGAGCAGUACAAGCAGAUGCAGCAGCUGCUCGGGGGGAACUCCACUCUGGAGGAGACACGCACGCAGCACACGCACAGAGUCUCAACGAACAUUCUCCCAGUCUCUGUGGUCCCAGUAAGUGUACAGAAGGGUGAACAUCACCUGCAUCCCAAGACUGCCUGGCACAGAGCAGACUUCCACAGAAUGUCCUCUAUCAGAAAUGAGCUGACGCUGGUUCAGGCCAAGCUGAAACUUCACAAUGCCGACCCUGGCUGCUCACAUAAUAAACAGAAAAUUCAGAUAAACAUAUAUGAAUACGAAGAGGGAAACACUCACCUCCGCCACGUGGAGAAAUUUGUUAUGAAAAGACGAUUUUGCACCAGAAAUGUGACACUAGACAUGAGAGCUGCCAUUGAAAGAUGGAGGGUGCGUCCUAGAAAUAGCACUUUAACCUUUUAUAUAGGUCUUACUAUGGGACCAAGAACAGAUCAGACUAUACCUAAGAUAGUGCUAGAGAUGGACUUCAUAUCACAUGGUGGAGAGGGCAAAUCUAGGCAAGUCAGGUCUACAAAGGAAGAAGACUGCGAAGAGGAAAGCAAGUGCUGCCGGAAGUCGUUGAAUGUGUCUUUCAAAGACAUAGGCUGGUCGGACUGGGUCGUGGCACCCAGCAGUUACAAAAUGUACUUUUGCGAUGGCUCCUGCCCCCACAACUACAAGCCAGCCAGCAUGCACACGUUGGUGAAGUCACGCAUGCAUCACAUGACCAAAGGGGCCACGCCUCGACCGUGCUGUGUUCCGGCGGCCUAUGAGCCCAUGAUCCUCAUGCACUAUGACAGUCGAGGAAAGUUGAAGCUCACACCUUUCAAUGAUUUGAUCGCUAGCAAAUGUCACUGUGCCUGACCCUGAGAGAGAGAAAAACAUUUUAUCCCCAAAAUGCCGUACUGUAAACAAAGGACAAACAAUGUAACCUGUUCUGUC